CUGCCAUGCAGCAGCUCUUUCGGGGCACGGCCGUCCUCUGGAGGGGAAGAACGGUAGCCGAGCAUUCUUGGCUCUUGUUCUGCUGUGGUCCCCGCCUCCGACGCAGACUUCAGCAGGCUUCUUGAUACCGCUGCCAUCAUCGCGGGAGUGCAUCAACUGACAGCGCCCUGACAACGCCUUUUCUCUGGAACUCUUGUCGUUGAGAGGCUGGAUUUUCCAAGAAGCAACGUCAUCAACGAUGACAUUACUUCUUAACAGCGACGCCAGCAACGAUAUAAACGGCUGGAAGUGGAACCUUCUCUUCAGUGGGCGCGGAAGCAGUUACGAAAACAUGGCUUAUGUGUCGCGCUUCUGCGCUUUGCAGGUGUGUAACCGCUUUUCACUUCACACUAAAAAAAACGACAAUCAUUACUUGUUAUUGCUUCCGUGCCCACAAGGGCUUUGUAAAAUUGCUUAUGAUUGCUGUUUGACCGUACUUUUGCUACUACAUUCUGGUGAUGUUAAGAUGAACCCAGGACCUCUUACUCGUGCUGAGGCUCUUUUGAAUGUAGAGUGUUUGCCUGAUGAGCCCUCUGAACAGAUGGCUGCAUUAUUCAAUCUUUUAAAGGGUCUUCAAGCGCGGUCGAUUCAGUCUGCAAGGAGUCAAACUGACUUGGCGGCUGACGUAAAAGCUAUCAAGGCUGGACGGAAAAGCAUUGAAACUAAGAUUGGAUGUAUCCAGAAAAGAUUGGACGAAUUAGAAGAGAAAACAAAUUCGCUCGACCACUUUGGUCAAGAUAUCGCUAGCGUUCAAGACUCAGUAAAAACCCUAACAGCUCAGCAUGGCUCGUUGCAAGUGCCUCUUGGCGAACUGGAAGACCGGUCGCGACGCGAUAAUCUUAUUUUUCAUGGCAUUCCUGACUCACGUGAAUCGUGGGAACAAUCUGAGACAAAAGUGAAAGACGCUCUAGCAGGAGUAAUUGACACCUUCCCCGAGAAUGCAAUUGAGCGAGCUCAUCGCUUAGACCCCUAUUUGCCGAAUAAGUGUCGCCCUAUCAUAGUUAAAUUCUCUGGAUACAAGAUAAGAGAAAGGAUACUUUCCGCGCAUACAAAACUGAAAGAAAAAAAUGUUGCCGUAAGCGAAGAUUUUUCGCCCGCCACACGCCCCGCUCGAAAGAAACUUGUCGACUUCGCUAAAAAUCAACCCAGGGCACCUCCCUUUCAGCUAAGAUAUAACAAGCUUGUCUUAAUCAAAAAGCAAUACGUCUACGCUGCCGAAAUUGAUAACGUGGUUGAACUUAUGCCCAAAUCAACACAAGACAACCCGCAUCCCAGUUGUUCAACACACACAAUGACCUAGCGGGACGCGAGGGGCAGUGGACGUUCCUUAUCUCAUGCAUAAAUUAUUUUUUACAAUAUUCGGAGUGUUAUGAGCAAGCGCGAUUCUUUAACCUCUGCCAUCGAUACAUGCAAUGCCGAUUUCAUCGCACUAACCGAGACCUGGCUGCAUCCGCACUUUCGUGAUCAUGAAAUUUUCCUAUCUGCUCGGCAUUUCUCUAUUUAUCGCUGCGACCGCACAACGCGACAAGGUGGUGGUGUUCUGCUGGCCAUUUUGAAAAACUUUCCAUCCCAGUGUGUUUUUUUCCUUGCAACCUUGAGAUUGUUUGGGCUGUCGCUGAAAUAAGUAAUAUGAAAAUCAUUCUUUGUGUUUUUUAUCGACCCCCCACGCUUUCUUCCAAUUUUGUAGAUGAACUUCAUGAUGUAAUUAUAUAGUUUCAUCUCGAUACCCACCGUUUCCUUUAUUUCUGCUUGGUGAUUUUAACAUUCCGAAUAUAUCAUGAAACAGUGAACCGCCCAGUAUACAUCCCGUCUCCUCUUUAGCCACUGAAUUCUUGAACUUGUGCUCUAUAUUUUCCUUUACACAGCUUAUUAAGCAACCUACAAGGACAACACAAUCUGUCGCGAACACCCUUGAUCUUGUCUUGACAUCCCAGCCUGAUCUUGUCUCCGAGAUUAGUCACUUGCCUGGCUUAAGCGAUCACUGUUUGCUUACUUUCCAGAUUCGCUUGUCACGGCCAAAGAACCUUAAGAAAAUUAAAACUAUUCGUAACUAUGCAAAAGCAAAUUUUGAAGCAAUUAAUUAUGAACUGUCUAUUUUUCUUGAUAAUUUUUUUAAUGGUUUUGAUAAUCACACUGUACAAACUAAUUGGGACAUUUUUGUGGCUAAAGUGAAUGAUUUAACUAAUAAAUACAUUCCCACUUUCACCAUCACAUCUAAUAGUGAUGCUCCGUGAUAUAGUCGUAACCUCCGACGUUUAUCGAACAAAAAAAAAACGCUUAUAAAGAUCAGCUGAACUAUCUGGAAAUGGUGCCCGCUGGGCUGCUUACAAACAUGCCUCCGACGAAUAUGUAGCUGCGCUAAAAAAUGCUAGGGAAGAAUUUCAUCGAAGCACUUUGCCAUCAAUGUUAAUAAACGACAUUAGAAAAUUUUGGAGUGUUAUACGACCAAAAGAUGAGAAUAUGAUCACUUUAGUCGACAGCACUGGAAACGUAAUUCCUCCUAGCCAGUGUGCAUUGGUGCUGAAUGAAGUGUUUUCAUGCGACUUUUCUGUAACGUCAGGUGUCCCCAUACCCGAUACUCAUGGCUUUGACUUUCUCGUCAUGUCUCCCAUACUCAUUGAACCUACUGGUGUAGAGAGCCUCAUUAGAUCACUUAAACAUUCUUCGUCUCCUGGAUGCAAUUCAAUUAAUCCCAAGUUUUUGA